GAGUCGGCGGCCCCGCUGGUCGCGGCAGCCCCGCUGCCCGAGGCGGACAACAUGACGCUGCGGUACCGGUCCCUGGUCUACCAGCUUAACUUUGACCAGACGCUGAGGAAUGUAGACAAGGCCGGCUCCUGGCCGCCCCGAGAGCUAGUGCUGGUGGUCCAGGUGCAUAACCGGCCUGAUUACCUCAAACUGUUGCUGGACUCACUUCGAAAAGCCCAGGGCAUCGACAACGUCCUCGUCGUCUUUAGCCAUGACUUCUGGUCGACAGAGAUCAAUCAGCUGAUCGCUGGGGUGGACUUCUGCCCUGUACUGCAGGUGUUCUUUCCCUUCAGCAUUCAGUUGUACCCCAACGAGUUCCCGGGCAGUGACCCCAGAGAUUGCCCCAGAGAUCUGCAGAAGGAUUCAGCUUUGAAGAUGGGGUGCAUUAAUGCUGAGUACCCCGAUUCCUUUGGCCAUUAUAGAGAGGCCAAGUUCUCCCAAACCAAACACCAUUGGUGGUGGAAGCUGCAUUUUGUAUGGGAAAGGGUCAAAGUUCUUCGAGACUAUGCUGGCUUCAUACUUUUCCUAGAGGAGGAUCACUACUUAGCCCCAGACUUUUACCAUGUUUUCAAAAAAAUGAGGAAAUUAAAGCAGCAAGAGUGUCCCGAGUGUGAUGUUCUCUCCCUGGGAACCUAUACUGCCCCUCGAAGUUUCUCUGGCAUUGCUGACAAGGUAGAUGUGAAAACUUGGAAAUCCACAGAGCACAAUAUGGGUCUAGCCUUGACCCGGGAUGCUUAUCAGAAGCUGAUCGACUGCACAGACACUUUCUGUACUUACGAUGAUUAUAACUGGGACUGGACUCUUCAGUAUUUGACUGUAUCUUGUCUUCCAAAAUUCUGGAAAGUGCUGGUUCCUCAGGUACCUAGGAUUUUUCAUGCUGGAGACUGUGGUAUGCACCACAAGAAAACCUGUAGACCAUCCACCCAGAGUGCCCAAAUUGAGUCACUCUUAAAUAGUAACAAACAGUACAUGUUUCCAGAAACUCUAACUAUCAGUGAAAAGUUUAUGGCACCCGUUUCCCCACCUAGGAAAAAUGGAGGGUGGGGAGAUAUUAGAGACCAUGAACUCUGUAAAAGUUAUAGAAGACUGCAAUGAAAAAUCAGUUACAAAAAGUGACAGUCUUCUAUUUUUGAUAUUUGUACCAACAGGACAGACAAUUGAAUAAGAGUUUAGGGAUUGGUUUCUGCUUUAAUAUGAAAAAAAAUUCUUGUAAAAGGUGUACAAUUAUAGUACUCUUUUCCUUUUAUGUCUGAUUAAGAUUUAAAAUACAAGUUUUCAUUUUGGGAGUUGGGUUUUAAAGCUCAAUCUGUAUCUGGGAAAGGUAAUCAUUACUGUGAGAGAAGAGAGGAAAUUUUAUUUAAAUUGCAUCUAUUAAUCUUUUUACCUGGAACUUUGUACACUUUUCCACUUUAAAACUUAAGUACAGCAAAAUUUACUUAAAAUUGUCAUAGCAGUAGGAAGUAUUACAAUGAAAUAAGUAUUAAUGGAACAAGCCCAGUUUCACUCUCCACACAGUUACUAGGAAGAGAUUGCUUCGCUGGUUUUAUAAUUCAAAAGUUAUGUUUGUUAAACACCCUGUCAAAACAAUCAAUUUCAGUAUUACAGAUUCCCAUAUUAUUGUGUUAAGAUUUGCCUGUGCUUUGGAACCUUCAUAGAGCACAUUUUCUUUUGGAAUGUAUUUGAUUGAUAAAAAAUUUUAACACUGUUUCACCUCAAUGUAGAAAAACAGUGGUUUUGUUUCUUUUUCUUUUAGUCUGCCAAAAUAAAAUACUCAUUUUUGCAUAAAAA